CCUCCACAAAUAACAUUAUUCAAACACAUUCAAAAACAUAUUCAAAACUCACAUCAUUCAAGUCUUCAACCACCAAUGUCCACCUCCUCCCACCAUCCCUCCGCCGCACACUCCGGCGCCACCGUCGAAAUCCGCCCACCACGACCACCACUUCCAAAUUUCCUCACUAGUGUUAAACUAAAAUAUGUUAAAUUAGGUUAUCACUACCUCAUGUCACACCUUCUAACCCUUUGUCUCCUCCCUCUAAUCGCGGUUACCGCGGUUAACCUAUCCCAACUAAACCUUGACGACAUCGGAAAACUGUAUAAUCACCUCCAAUACAACGUUAUAACCGUCAUGGCGUUAUCCGGGGCCGCCUUGAUUGGGACAACCGCGUAUUUGAUGACACGACCACGACCCAUUUUCCUCGUGGACUACUCUUGUUACCGCCCUCCAGACGACUUGAAAGUCAAAUUUGACGUCUUCAUGGAGCGCUCUAGGCUCCAUGGUGGGUUCAACGAGUCCGCACUUGAGUUUCAAAGGAAGAUUUUAGAAAGAUCGGGUCUCGGGGAGGAGACGUAUCUCCCCGAGGCCCUACAUAGCAUCCCGCCUGUUCCCUCGAUGGCUGCCGCGAGGAAAGAGGCCGAGGAUGUUAUGUUUGGAGCUCUUGAUAAUCUGUUCGAAUCGACUAAAGUUAACCCGAAAGAUAUCGGAAUUUUGGUGGUGAAUUGCAGCUUGUUUAAUCCGACUCCGUCGUUGAGUUCCAUGAUAGUUAAUAAGUAUAAACUCCGGGGGAAUAUUAAGACGUUUAACCUCGGCGGUAUGGGUUGUAGCGCGGGUGUGAUCGCCGUUGAUUUGGCUAAAGAUAUGCUACAGGUACACCGUAACACGUACGCUGUAGUCGUCAGCAUGGAAAACAUAACUCAAAAUUGGUACUUCGGGAACAAGAAAUCAAUGCUAAUCCCCAACUGUUUAUUCCGAGUCGGUGGCGCCGCGUCGCUCUUAUCAAACAAAUCCGCGGACAAACGCCGCGCAAAAUACAAGCUCCUCCACACGGUCCGAACCCACUGUGGAGCGGACGACACCGCAUUCAACUGCGUGUACCAAGAGGAAGACGGAGCCCGAAAGGUCGGGGUUUCGCUUUCCAAAGACUUGAUGGCUAUCGCGGGCAGCGCGUUAAAAGCAAACAUCACCACCUUGGGCCCGCUCGUGCUCCCGAUAAGCGAACAAGUGUUGUUUUUCGCGAGUUUGGUGGCUAGAAGAGUAAUGGACUCUAAAAUGAAACCGUAUAUUCCGGAUUUUAAACUAGCGUUCGAUCACUUUUGUAUCCACGCGGGUGGGCGGGCAGUGAUCGACGAGCUAGAGAAGAACUUGCAGUUGUCUGAUGAGCAUGUCGAGCCGUCUAGGAUGACGUUAUACCGGUUUGGUAAUACGUCAUCGAGCUCGAUUUGGUAUGAGCUGGCUUAUACGGAGGCUAAAGGGCGUAUGAAGAAAGGUAACCGCGUUUGGCAAAUAGCGUUCGGUAGCGGCUUUAAAUGUAACAGUGCGGUUUGGAAAGCCGUUAGAUCCGUGAAGCCGUCGGAUAGUAACCCGUGGGCAGAUUGCAUUCAUAAAUUCCCGGUCAAAAUAAGUGUGUAAUUAUAGUGUGAUGAUACACAGAUGUAUUUUUUUCUUUUUUCUUUUGUUUUUUUUUUUUUUUUGUGACAAAAAGAAAAGGGUUUGUAAUUUGGUUUAAAGUUUAUAAAAAUGGUGUGUUUUGUAGAAAUUA